GUGCUGCACGAACACUGUUUAGGACCAAGGGUUUGCACGCUGCCCUGGAACAGGACAAAAAAACAAUGUUUUCUUGAAGCCCCUCUCCUUGUGGAUUGUAGCGGAUGUCAUAGGUAAGCGCACCGAAUGACACUGACUGAGCGAUGGCUGUGCAGGCUGCAUUCAUGAACUCGCAGUUCAUGAAUUUCUGUUUCCCCGGGUCCGUGGUGGAGUACGAAACGGAGAAAAGUUUUGACGGGCGCCUCCUGGGGGGGGCGGAGCGUGAAGGGGACUUCAGGGAGACCACCAGGGACCUCCUGAGCUUCAUUGACUCGGCCUCCAGCAACAUCAAGCUGGCUCUGGACAAGCCCGUGAAGUCCAAGAGGAAAGUCAACCAUCGGAAGUACCUCCAGAAGCAGAUCAAAAGGUGCACGGGCAUCAUCGCGUCCGGGAACAUGACUCCGGACCCAGCCAAGAGGCAAAGCUCCCCCCAGUUGCAGUCCGGAAGCUUCCCUGGCAAGCCAGCGCCAAAGCGCGAUGGUGUCCAGGCCAACCUGCAGAGCAAGAGCCUGGCCGCCCUGUUUGACCCCGCCAAGGACGUCAGGGGGGAGAAAACCAAGAAGCCGCCCCUGCGUCACCGAAACCUGCCCCCGUCCUUCUUCACGGAGCCUGCCAACAGCACCAAAGUCACCUCCACUUCCGGGAUGACCCUGAAGGACCUCGAGCGUGGAAACCCUGAGGCCGUUGAGUUCUUUGAGCUCCUGGGACCCGAUUACAGCAACAUGAUAGCAGACCAGGACGUCUUUCAAGGGGCGCCCAUGAGGGUCCAGCCAGAGGCAGCUCCCGAACAUGGCCCCUAUGACCCCCAUCACCUGGUCGGGGGCUUUCUUUAUGCGGAGCCCUGGAGUACUUGCACUGGCCCUUCUAAAAAAGCAGCGGUCUGCGGCUUGAGUGAAAACAUGAGGACGGUACCGGGGCAGCCUGCUUUGUACUGUAACUCAGAGUCUUCUGUUCCUUCUCCGUUAGAGGAGACUACCCCCUGUGCACUGGCCUUCCCUAACUUUUUCUCGGAUUGCUCCCUACCACAGGUCACGUACGACUUCAGCAGCGGAUACAACAGAGCCACUUUCCCGUCACUCUGAGGCUUGCUUUUCGACUACAGGCUGGGUGCUCUCGACAUUUUGUCAUUCAAGUCAGAUUUGUGAGGCAGCAAACAAAUAACAUGGUUUGUAGUCGUGGUUCACAUGCAUUUGUUUUUAUGUGCUUCAGAAUUCAAGGUCACAUUA